CGCCCACACAAAAGAUGGCGGCCCAGGUGCUGGGUCUUAUCAUGGAGACGGAAGCCUAGAGGAGCCCGCGCUCGCGCUCUGUGGGCGGAGACUUGCUCCCGGGAGGCCGUUCGGGGCGGACCCGCGAGCCGGAGGCCCUGCGCCUGCGCGAAGAUGGUGGCGGAGGAGAGUGUGCGCGUGGUGCGCUGUGGCGGCAGCGAGUUGAACUUCAGGAGGGCGGUGUUUUCUGCGGAUUCUAAGUAUAUCUUCUGUGUCUCUGGAGACUUUGUUAAAGUUCAUAGCACAGCUACAGAAGAAUGUGUACACAUAUUGCAAGGGCACAGAAAUCUGGUGACUGGAAUCCAGCUCAACCCCAACAAUCAUCUACAGUUGUAUUCUUGUUCCUUUGAUGGCACGAUUAAACUGUGGGACUAUAUAGAUGGCAUUUUAAUAAAGACUUUCACAGUGGGGCAUAAACUUCAUGCCCUGUUUACUCUAGCCUGUGCUGAGGAUUCUGUCUUUGUUAUUAUAAAUAAAGAAAAACCAGAUGUAUUUCAGCUGGUUUCAGUGAAACUGCCAAAAUCAUCGAGCCAGGAAACAGAAGCUAAGGAGCUCUCCUUGGUUUUGGAUUAUAUAAACCAGUCACCCAAGUGUGUUGCCUUUGAAAAUGAGGGAGAAUAUGUUGCUGCAGUACGGGACUUUUACUUGUCUGUCUAUUUUUUCAAAAAGAAAACAACAUCGAGGUUUACUUUAUCAUCAUCAAAAAAUAAGAAACAUGCUAAGAACAAUUUUACAUGUGUAGCAUGUCACCCAAAGGAAGACUGCAUAGCAACUGGUCACAAGGAUGGCAAAAUUCGUCUUUGGAGGAAUUUUGAUGAUGAUAAGAAAUACACGUACACAUGUUUACAUUGGCACCAUGACAUGGUUAUGGAUUUGGCCUUUUCAGUGACAGGCACCAGUCUGCUGAGUGGCGGUCGUGAAUCUGUCCUUGUCGAGUGGCGUGAUGCAACAGAGAAGAAUAAGGAGUUCCUCCCCCGUUUGGGAGCUACUAUUGAACAUAUCUCAGUCUCGCCAGCAGGGGAUUUGUUCUGUACUUCUCAUUCUGAUAACAAGAUAAUAAUAAUUCACCGAAACCUUGAGGCAUCCGCAGUAAUUCAAGGCCUAGUGAAAGACAGCAAUAUCUUUACUGGUUUGAUGAUUGAUCCCAGAACUAAAGCUUUGGUUUUGAAUGGAAAACCUGGCCAUUUGCAGUUUUACUCUCUGCAGCAUGAUAAGCAGUUAUACAAUUUAGAUAUAAUACAGCAAGAAUAUAUCAAUGAUGAUGGUCUGAUCCAAAUCGAGCUAACAAAGGCUGCAUUUGGCUGCUCUGGUAACUGGCUUGCAACAGUGGAACAACGUCAAGAAAAGGAAACAGAGCUUGAAUUGCAAAUGAAACUGUGGAUAUAUAAUAAGAAAACACAAGGGUUUGUUCUUAAUACAAAGAUUAACAUGCCGCAUGAAGACCACAUCACAGCUCUCUGUUUCUGUAAUGCAGAAAAAUUUGAAAACCCCACCUUGGUUACAGCUAGUAAAGAUGGUCACUUCAAAGUGUGGAUAUUAACAGAUGAUUCUGAUAUAUACAAAAAAGCUGUUGGCUGGACCUGUGACUUUGUGGGUAGUUAUCACAAAUACCAAGCGACUAACUGUUGUUUCUCUGAAGAUGGCUCUCUGCUAGCAGUUAGUUUCCAGGAAAUAGUUACAAUAUGGGAUUCAGAGACAUGGGAACUUAAAUGUACAUUUUGUCAGCGAGCUGGGAAUAUAAGGCACCUUUGCUUUGGGAGAUUGACUUGUUCAAAGUAUCUUCUUGGCGCUACUGAAAAUGGCAUUCUUUGCUGUUGGAAUCUGCUCAGUUGUGCACUGGAAUGGAGCGCAAAGUUAACCAUUAGAGUUAUGGAACCCGAUCCUCGUUCGGAGAAUAUCGCUGCAGUCUCUCAGUCUUCAGCGGGUUCAGACUUGUUUGUAUUUAAACCUAGUGAGCCAAGACCAUUGUAUAUUCAAAAGAAUAUCUCCCGAGAGGAAGUCCAGUGGGGAGUGUUUGUUCCACGAGAUGUGCCUGAAUCAUUCACCUCAGAAGCUUACCAAUGGCUGAACAGAUCCCAGUUUUACUUCCUAACAAAGUCACAGAGUUUAUUGACAUUCAGUACGAAGUCUCCAGAAGAGAAGCUCACACCAACCAGCAAACAGCUACUAGCAGAAGAAAGUCUUCCAACAACACCAUUUUAUUUCAUAUUGGGAAAACACAGGCAACACCAGGAUAAAAAAAUAAAUGAGGCUUUGGAGAGUGAAUUAGUACAACUGCCCUUAACAGAAAACAUACCUGCAAUUAGUGAGCUUCUUCAUACUCCAGCCCAUGUACUACCAUCUGCUUCUUUCCUGUGCUCCAAGUUUGUAAAUUCAUUGCUGCUGUCUAAGGAGACAAAGAGUGGUGAAGAAAUCCUUGAAGAUGUAGAUAUGGAAGAAGAAAAAGAAAGUGGUGAUGAUUCAGAUGAAGAACAUGAUUUUACUGAAAAGACCCAGGAUACAAAUGACACAGAUUUGGAAGAAGACAUUAUACAUCAGUUGUCAAAAUCUGAAGAAAAAGAACUAAGAAAAUUUAGGAAAGUAGAUUACAGCUGGAUAACUGUCCUUUGAGCCUGGGAGAUGGAAGGUUCUUGCACUUUGUAUUUCUUUUAUUAUAUAUUGAUAUUCCAAAAACAUCUACUUUGAUGUUAUUUCUCUCCUUAAAGUAUUAAAUGUGAACAGGCUUUACUUCUUAAGUAAUUGGUAAUACAAAGCUGUGUUUACGUCAUG